UCCGUUUUCCAAUGCUGCAGAAUUAAAAAAACAACUCCCAACUUCACCAUAUUUAAGUUCGAGAUGCUCCAGUUUUAUGAAUAUAUAAAAAAAAUUAAUACACCCAAAGCAAGUAACACUGAAAUAAUUUGUGCUUUUUUGUUUGAUAGGUAAUCCCCUCCUCUAAGAAAACUUUGUAUUAUAAAUAUUAUUAUCAUUAUUUUGUAAUCCCCUUUUAUAUAUUUUAAGAUAAUUUAUUUUUCUAUCAGCAUAUUCUAUUUUGGAUAUAUUUCUGAUUAUUUUAUUAUUAUUAUUUUUUUCUUCUUGAAAUGAUUCAAUAAGUUUGGAUUGAUGACAUUGACUAUCACUGCUGAUGCUCUUUCUGAGUCUUUGAUGCUGGAUUUUGUAUGCUUAUGCUUUGUUCAAUAAAGUUGUAAAAAAAAAAAAAAAAAAAAAAAACAUCCGUUUUCCAAUGCUACCUGCUAUCCCUGUGAUCCCCUUAAACAGGUUACGAGCGUUAAUUAUCAACUAAUAUAAAUGUUAGGAUUAAAUAAGUAUCGUAUGUGUUGAUGUACGGAUAAAACGUGGCCUUGCAGCUUCCAUAAUAUCCUGUGAUGGAGCAGGUGUUGCACCGAUGUCUUAAUUAGCCUCGGCUAAGCUAAAGCUAACAGUAUGUGCCGUAUUUCAGGUUUUUACUGCAAUCCGUGGAUCCAAAGCUCCUCUUCAGAUCAGAAUCGUGUACAAUGGUUGUGAUAGAGGAGGAGGAGGCUUUGGUAUCAGAGUUGCAGAACCAGCUGCAGAAGGAAGACCUGAACCCGCAGGAGAAGAUCAGGCUGCUGAAUGACGGAUUGAGCAAUGCUUUGAACUUGGCGUCCGUGCAGCCACACAAUGAUGGUUUAACCCGGGUCAAGUCUCGGCUCUAUCACAGCGGUAUCCUGAGCCAGUGUGCCCUCACCCUCUCCCUGCCUCCCAGCAGGCUGCGGGGCAGCUGGAGCGCCGCUGCCACACUUGCCCACCUCACCAGCUCCUGCUGCGUCGGCGUGGAGCCGGGCCGCCGGUCCGAGGCCUUUCACCAACUCUUACUGCCGUCGGUCAUGGAUGGGCUUCUGUCUCUGGCGAGCCUGCUGAUGAGUCACGCCGAGCAUGUGUCUCACUUCAAGAAGGUGAUGGAUUCAGUCGGCUGGCUGGUCUCGGCUCACACUCACCUCACUAGUCAGGUUCUCAGUUCUAUCCAUUAUGAGCAGAUCCAGAUGUGUGAGGAUGCCUCUGUGUGUCUGCUCUGCAUGCAGCUGUGGAUUCAAAUCUGCACGGUCAGCAGGGGCUUCCUCCCCAGCCUCACGGAUGACUCCAUCCUGCUUCUGCUCAACGAAGCUGUCGGCCAAUUAGCUGUCAUGUCUGACACUGCAGUGGGCGGGGCUUCUAUCAAAUUGAUUCUCCUCAUGGCGAGUCAGCUGGGGUUUCGCUUCCGGCCCCUCCUUAUGAGCUUCAAAGGUCUGGACAGCCUCCUGCUCAAAGACUGGAGGGGGCGGGGCUUUGACCAAGACAUAGAUCAACUUAUAGAGGUCAUCCAAUCAGAGAAGGACGCCAGAAAGUCCCAGGUGAGCUCUGAGCGUGAGCGGGCUGCGUGUUUGAUCCAGGCGGCCUGGAGGUCGUAUCGAACCCGUCGCAGAGUGAAGAGCCUCAACAGAGCCGUCAGUGCUCUGCAGAGAAGAUACAGGGCUCAGAGGAGGCAGCAGCAGCAGCAGAAAGAGGCAAAGCAGUGGGAGGAGGAGCUCAAAUAUCAGGUGUGUCUGAGACGACAGCGGGCGAGGAGGGAGUUCCACCAGAAGCAGAGGCGUCUGCUGCAGCUGCUUCCUCCGGACCAGGUGCAGGCGUACCUGCAGGAGUGUGAGCGUCGAGCAGCCGUGAAGAUCCAGAGCUUCUGGAGAGGCGUCAGAGACAGACGGCACUACCACAACACAGUCAGAAAAGCGCUGAAAGAGCGGCGCAUGCGUCAGCAAGCCGCCAGGACCCUGCAGAGAGCUGUGCGGCGUUUUCUGGAAAAGCGUAGAAUGGCCAAAGCCCGUCCCCUCGACCUGUUGUGGAUCGGUCAGAAAGGUUUGACAGACAGUCGGAGGGCGGAGCUAAAACAGCAGGUGGAGGAGUACAUCACUGUACACAAAUCCUCCCGUGUGUCUCCUGAAGAGUGUGCGUCGCUCCAUGAGGAGGCGCAGCUGCUGCUGCAGGCAGAACUUCAGAAGGGAGCGCAGCAGAGGAGGGAGGAGCAGCGGGUGGAGGCUCUGCUGGCACACACACGCACGCAGCUUGAGCUACUCAGAGAUGCUCCGCCCCUCGGUGCUGUCACGGAGACCAUGGCCCAGACCUUCCUGACCCCGGCCGCUGCGCUCGCCGCUCGUGCGCGCAACGCCCACAACGCCCGCUUGCAGGCAGACCGGCUUCCCUGGUGGAAGACGCUCGGAGAGGCAAGGACCUUCGGCUCUGCCCACCUGCAGGAACUAGAGGCGGAGCUUGAGGCAAAGCUUGGAGGGCUGUACAUUGGAGGGUCAGCCGUGGUCAGGACGCAGACUGAGGUGGAGAAAGUGAAGCUGUUACCGGAAGAAAGAGGAGCUGCUACAUGAAAUAAAAAAAAACAUAUUUUUUAAUUAAUAAAAGAUGUUUGCACUAAAAGAACCAAAGACA